GUCAGUGUGUUGAAGGGAAGGGAAGUGUUAGUAUGGCAGUGUUAGUAAAGGUGUGGUGCCUCGCCGCGGUGGUAGCAAUGGUGUCCGCCGCGCUGAUUCCCCACAUACCGGCCACUGUGGGAGAAACACGUGUGAUUAAGGGGCAGGACAACCCCAACUAUGAGUUCCAGUAUGGCGUGAGUGACCGUGACACCGGGAAUGACUUCGGUCAGCGAGAGACACGCCUUGGGGAGGACACUCGGGGCUCCUACCGCGUGCUGCUCCCCGACGGCCGCCUCCAGACCGUCACCUACACCGUCAGCGGCGACUCGGGCUUCGUGGCGGAGGUGACCUACUCGCGCCCCUCCUGACAUAACCUGACCUGACCUUGUUGAUUUUUUUUCCUUAGUUUGUAGUGAUUGCCGAAUACGUAGAAUUUAGAGGUUAUUAUUUUUUUUGUAGUAGAUAUAGUGAUUUUGGGGGGGCAUUGUAACCUCUAACUGUCUGUAUCUGUUUACUUCGUUGAAUUCCUUCCAUAGUUCUUGUACGUAUGAUUGUCGCGUGUGUAAAAUUCAGUGUUUUCAGGGUUUUUUUUUUUUUUUUAGGGGAAUAUGAUUUUUUCUGUGCUGUAUCUGUUCUCUUAUGGCAUCCAUAAUCCUUGUUAUUUUCCUUCCUCAGCUAUUACACGUACGAUUGCCUGAGAGUACAGUGGUUUUCAAUACUAAUUUUGCAUUGGAUACAGUGAUUUUAUUCUGCACUGUUCUAUUCUCAUCUGCUGUUCUCAUAUAUAUAUAUAUAUAUAUAUAUAUACUUUCAUUAUUUGACUUCAUUACCGUAUGAUAAGAUUGCUUGUGAAAUUCCUGGUUGUCAGUGUAAUAAGCUAAUUCAGUUGAUACAUUCGCUUUUUGCAGUGCAACUUCUUUUACGGAAUUCAGUUUUGCUACGAUGGGGAUCUUGAUGAUGCAUGUCCGAUUACUGUUAUGCGGGCAAAUAAAAAUAAUAAACUUUGAUCCACGUAACCAAGCCCAGGCGAGGAAACUACACUUGUUGCUCCUAAAAUAUAUGUUUUCUGCGAAUGCUGUGUGAAAACUAUACAUUGGCGGGAGGACUUGAGCAUUUAUGAUAAAACACACACACACACACACACACACACACACACACACACACACACACACACACACACACACACACACACACACACGGGUGGAAAUGGUGGAAUAUAUAUAUUUUUUCUAUUAUAGCUCAAGUCAUAAAAGACACAAUUCUAAGACCUAGACAAGAAAUAUAUAACAAGAAUUAUAUAACACACUACGGUAAAGGUAAAGUUCGGGGCAUAUGCUAAAGCUGCGCGUGACCUCGGUGUUCAUCUCCGUAACAUUGGCCCUAACCCAGAUAAAAAAAUAAAGACUGCCUCACAGAAUCGAGAUAUCUACUUCAAGGUAAAAACGAGUUGCAAUUAAAUAAGACUUUCUGAUAAUAUGAAAGUGUCAAUAAUACAAAGCAUAUAAUUAAAAACAUUCAUGUCCAAAUCAGAUUCACAGAGGCAAGUUAAACAAACAAACAUCAAACCAAGUGAAUAGUAAUACAGGCGACAAUGAAUGGAGGUGUGUGUGUGUGUGUGUGUGUGUGUGUGUGUGUGUGUGUGUGUGUGUGUGUGUGUGUGGACGUGAGGGAAUGACGGUGUGAGGGUAACAUGAGGGGGCCCUAGGCAGUGGUCAUUAUACUUCAUUAUAUUUUGGGAAGGUCAACACACGAGGCCUCCCUCCAACCUUCCAUCACGCCGCCCUGGAUUACAUUUCCUCACUAACGUAAUAAAGAUAAUGACGAUAAUGAUAAUAGUUGUCGACAAUUGUGGUGGUCAUAUCAUCAUAUUUUCUACAGUAACGAAAUGAAGUAAACAACGAUGACAAUAAUGAUGAUGAUAGCAGCAGAACUGUCAUCAGCUUUUUGACACUAACGUAAAAAAAAUAAUGACGGCAAUGAUAAUAAUCGUAGCAGACAGCAGCUUUUUGGGGGGGGCUUAUGUAAUGAAGAUAAUGAUGAUGAUGAUGCUGAUAGUAGAAGGUCUUGCAGUCUUGCCCAUCACUGACGUUACAAAAAAAAAAUAUGAACAGCGGAAAGGAAUGUUGGAUAAAACCUAACGGAACGGAACGGAAGGGAAGUCUGUCUGUCUGUCUCCUCCUCCUCCUCCUCCUUCUUGUAAAUCACCAUCACCUGCUUCCCCCUUCCCUUAUUUUACGUGUUUGACUCUCUUUCACUUUUCAAUCUUUCCUUUCAAUUUUUUUUAUUUGUUUUUCUCCAUUAUUCCUUUUGUAUUACUUUUCCUUCGCCUUUCCCUCUUUUUCCUUAUGUAUUUUCCUACUUUAUUCUUUUCCUCCUCCCUGCUCCCUUUCACAUUUCCUUCAUUUUUUUCCUUUUUCCUUUCUCUCCCUUCCCCACUCUCUCUCUCUCUCUCUCUCUCUCUCUCUCUCUCUCUCUCUCUCUCUCUCUCUC